GCCAGGACUCAUUGCAGUGGAAGGCAGAGGAGAGGCGGGCCGGGGGGCAUACAAAUCUAUGCUUGACUCUGUCCCCCUCCACUGUAACGUUAUCCAAAGCGUUCGGAUAUUGACUUAACUCCUUAUGUUUGUGCAAUGAACUACAUUUACGCUGCUGCUUAGGCACCAAGCCAAGAAAAGGAGGCCUUUCACAGUUGCUGGACUGAUGGCUCCAGAGUGACAUGCCAUGGCUUUGAUGAUCCCCCCGGUGAAACUCAAAUGGCUGGAGCACUUGAACAGUUCAUGGAUCACGGAGGACAGCGAGUCCAUAGCCACACGGGAGGGAGUUUCAGUUCUCUACUCCAAGCUGCUGGCCAACAAGGAGGUUGUGCUGUUACCUCAGCAGGUGCUGUGUCUGAAGGGCCCCCAGCUACCAGACUUUGAGCGCGAGUCCCUCUCCAGUGAUGAACAGGAGCACUACCUCGAUGCUCUACUCAACAGCCAACUGGCCCUGGCCAAGAUGGUCUGCUCUGACUCGCCAUUUGCUGCCGCCCUGCGCAAACGUCUGCUGGUGCUCCAACGCAUCUUCUAUGCUCUCUCAAAUAAGUACCAUGACAAGGGCAAGGUCAAGCAGCAGCAGCACUCCCCUGAGAACAACUCUGGCUCAGCUGAUCUCCACUCUGUCAGCGAGCGGCCACGCUCUAGCACUGAUGCCCUCAUUGAGAUGGGUGUACGCACAGGCCUCAGCCUGCUCUUUGCUCUACUGCGCCAGAGCUGGAUGAUGCCUCCUCUACCCAACCCUGGUGGAGGUUCUGAGGGCAACAUAAACUUGUGCAAUGAUGUUAUCCACACAGCCAUUGAUGUGGUUAGCUCCCUGCCACCCCUCUCCCUGGCCAAUGAGAGCAAGAUCCCGUCAAUGGGCCUGGAUUGCCUGGCCCAGGUCACCACCUUUCUCAAGGGAGUGACUAUGCCAAACUCUGGGGCAGAUAUCCUUGGGCGGCGGCUUGCCUCAGAGCUACUGCUGGGUCUGGCUUCUCAGAGGGGUUCUCUGCGUUACUUGCUGGAGUGGAUUGAGAUGGCCUUGGCUGCCUCUGCUGUAGUCAGUACCAUGGAGAAGAGCAAGGUGCUACAGAACCAAGAGGGGCUCAUCGGCUAUGAUUGCUUCAUGAACAUCCUCAUGCAGAUGAGACGCUCACUGGGCUCCUCAGCAGAUCGCAGUCAGUGGCGAGAACCCACACGAACAUCUGAUGGCCUAUGCUCCUUGUAUGAGGCAGCACUUUGUCUUUUUGAGGAAGUAUGCCGAAUGGCGUCAGACUACUCUCGCACCUGUGUUAGCCCAGAUAGCAUACAGACUGGUGAGGCACCCAUGGUGUCGGAGACCUGCGAGGUGUAUGUGUGGGGAAGUAACAGCAGCCACCAAUUGGUAGAGGGUACUCAAGAGAAGAUCCUUCAGCCCAAGUUGGCCCCUAGCUUUGCUGAUGCACAGACAAUUGAGGCAGGCCAAUACUGCACUUUCGUAAUCUCUUCUGAUGGCUCUGUGCGGGCCUGUGGGAAGGGAAGCUAUGGCCGCUUGGGCCUUGGGGACUCCAACAACCAGUCAACACUCAAGAAGCUCACCUUUGAACCUCACCGUGCCAUCAAGAAGGUGUCAUCAUCCAAGGGCUCAGACGGCCACACACUGGCCUUCACUACAGAGGGGGAAGUGUUCAGCUGGGGUGACGGUGAUUAUGGCAAACUGGGUCACGGGAACAGUUCAACACAGAAGUACCCUAAACUUAUCCAGGGGCCACUCCAGGGAAAGGUGGUGGUAUGUGUGUCUGCUGGCUACAGACACAGUGCAGCGGUCAGUGAAGAUGGAGAGUUGUACACAUGGGGUGAAGGAGAUUUUGGAAGACUAGGUCACGGUGACAGCAACAGCCGAAACAUUCCUACCCUGGUGAAAGACAUUAGCAAUGUGGGUGAGGUGUCAUGUGGGAGCUCCCAUACUAUUGCGCUGUCCAAGGAUGGGCGUACUGUGUGGUCCUUUGGAGGAGGUGACAAUGGAAAACUAGGCCAUGGUGAUACCAACCGAGUAUACAAGCCAAAAGUAGUGGAGGCCUUGCAAGGGAUGUUCAUCAGGAAAGUGUGUGCAGGAAGCCAAUCAUCUCUCGCCCUGACCUCUACAGGACAGGUGUAUGCAUGGGGCUGUGGUGCCUGCCUCGGCUGCGGCUCAUCUGAGGCCACAGCACUUAGACCGAAGUUAAUCGAGGAACUGGCUACCACCAGGGUAGUAGACAUCUCCAUAGGGGACAGUCAUUGCCUGGCUUUGUCACAUGAUAAUGAAGUGUAUGCAUGGGGCAACAACUCUAUGGGUCAGUGUGGCCAGGGCAACUCCACAGGACCGAUCACAAAGCCCAAGAAGGUAGUUGGCCUAGAUGGAGUUGCCAUCCAGCAGAUCUCAGCUGGCACCUCCCACAGCCUGGCCUGGACAGCACUGCCCAGGGACAGGCAAGUGGUGGCAUGGCACAGGCCCUACUGUGUUGACCUAGAAGAAAGCACCUUCUCUCACCUGCGCUCCUUCCUUGAGCACUACUGUGAUGGGAUCAACAGUGAAGUUCCACCCCUUCCCUUCCCCUCCUCCAGGGAGCAUCAUAACUUCCUCAAACUCUGUCUGCGCCUGUUAUCCAAUCAUUUGGCUCUGGCUCUGGCUGGCGGUGUGGCCACCAGCAUCCUGGGUCGACAGGCCAGACCCCUGAGGAAUCUGCUAUUUAGACUGAUGGACUCGUCUGUGCCAGAUGAGAUUCAAGAGGCAGUGAUUGAGACUCUGUCUGUGGGAGCCACCAUGCUGCUGCCUCCACUGAGAGAGAGGAUGGAGCUUCUGCACUCCCUGCUGCCCCAGGGUCCUGACAGAUGGGAGAGUCUCUCCAAGGGACAGAGGAUGCAGCUGGACAUCAUCCUGACCAGUCUUCAGGACCAUACCCACGUGGCGUCACUGCUGGGCUACAGCUCUCCCACUGAUGGCCCUGAGGUGCUUUCUUCUGGCCUGGGUUUCACAGCUUCCCCAGACCCUACCUACACCACCACGGCCAGCCACCCUGACACCCACCUUGCUGAGAUCCUCAUGAAGACCCUACUUAGGAAUCUGGGUUUUUACACUGAUCAAGCGUUUGGUGAGCUAGAAAAGAACAGUGAUAAGCUGCAGCAGGGCACAUCCUCCUCUGACAGCAGCCAACCUGCCCACCUCCACCAACUACUCUGCUCCCUGCAGAAACAACUGCUGGCAUACUGCCAUAUUAACUCUGUCUCUGAGAACUCCAGCAGUGUGGCUCUGCUGCACAAGCACCUGCAGCUCCUGCUGCCCCAUGCCACAGACAUUUUCUCCCGCUCAGCCACUCUGAUUAAAGAAAGCUCCUGGAACGGCAGCAUACGAGAGAAGCUACAAGAUGUAAUCUAUGUGUCAGCGGCGGGCAGCAUGUUGUGCCAGAUCAUCAACUCCUUGCUGCUGCUCCCUGUGUCAGUGGCAAGACCUCUACUGAGCUACCUGCUGGACCUGCUGCCUCCUCUGGACCGCCUCAACAGACUGCUGCCCGCUGCCUCCCCUCUGGAGGACCAGGAGCUGCAGUGGCCUCUUCAUGGCACUCCAGACUUUGUUGAGCCAGCCUCGGGGGUGUCCCUGGCUCAGCCGGCAUUGUCCUGGGUGUGGCUUGUGGACCUGGAGAGAACGGCUGCACUGCUUGUGGGCCGUUGCCUGGGUGGCAUGCUGCAGGGAGCCCCCACUUCGCUGGAGGAGCAGGACACUGCUUAUUGGCUCAAAACUCCCCUCUUCAGCAAUGGCCUGGAAAUGGACAUCCCACAGCUAGACACCUGCAUCAGCUCCUUGUUGGAGGCAGCGCUGUCUGGUAAUGAGGAACAGAAGCCCUUUGAUUGUACGCUGAACCCCAACAUGAAUAUCCUUGUGGAUCUGGCCCUGGGCUGCACUAAAGAACCCAGCAACAGCCUCUGGAUCAACAUGCAGGACUAUGCCAUGAGCAAAGACUGGGACAAUGCAUCUCUGAGUAAUGAGUCCUUGUUAGACACAGUGUCCAGGUUUGUGUUGGCAGCCUUACUGAAGCACACAGGUCUGCUUGGCCAAGCCUGUGGAGAGGGCAGGUACCAACCUUGUAAGUCCCUGGCAGAGGUUUAUCGCAGUGUAUACAAGGUACGAAACCGCCUGCUAGCCUGUAAGAACAUGGAUUUUAUCCAGACCCGCUCUUCUUCACGUGAGAGAAGGAUUUCAGACAAUCAGGACUCUCUGGACAUGGACCCACAGGAGCACUCGUUCACACGCACUAUCGAUGAGGAAGCAGAGCUGGAGGAGAGGGCUGACCGGGAGAGAGAGGAGGGCCAUCAGGAGCAGGAUGAUGAAGAGGAGGAGAGGGACCAUGAAGUAAUGACAGCUGGAAAAAUCUUUCAAUGUUUCCUCUCAGCUCGAGAGGCAGCUCGCAGUCGGGAGAGGGAGCGGGCCAGCAGCAGCACAGGCCUGGUCUCCAGUUCUGUAUCCAGGAACGGAGGAGGAGGAGGAGGAGGAGGCGGAGGAGGAGGUGGCGGAGAAGAGGAGGCCACCCCGUCUCAGGAGGAGAGAAGGGGCAGUACCAUUCUCCCAGAGGGCCAGGACCUGUACACAGCAGCCUGUAACUCAGUGAUCCACCGCUGUGCCUUGCUGGUGCUCGGGGUGAGCCCGGUGCUGGGGGAGCUGACUAAUCAGAGUCAGGAGGAGGCCCGGGCCCUGUCGGCCAGUGGGGGAACACAGGAGUGUCUGGGCUUCAUGACCAGGAGUGAGAGUCUGAGUGCAGAGAGUCGGGCAGUGCAGAGCAGCCCCAGCUACAGACUGAUGAAGUCCAGGAGCGAAUCUGACCUUUCCCAGCCUGAGUCAGAUGAAGAGGGUUACUCUCUGAGUGGGAGAAGAAAUGUUGACCUGGACCUAGCGUUCUCUCAUAAAAAAAGAGGCCUGCUCCACAGCUCACCGGACUCUCUUGCUGAGUCAUGGUUCCGGGCCAAGCUAAGCCGCCAGCGGAGCUACAGCUCAGCUCACUCCUAUGAAGAGUCAGACCUGGACCUGAGCCGCUCACUGGGUGUCCAUGCUCUCAUUGACAACAUGGUCAGCUUUAUUAGCGGUGAUGUGGGUCUCGCUCCAGCCUUCAAGGAGCCUGAAGAAAGCAUGUCCACCAGCCCCCAGGCCACUAUCCUGGCUAUGGAGCAGCAACAGAGCAGGGCAGAGUUGCGGCUAGAAGCUCUCCACCAGAUCGUGGUGCUGAUCUCCGGCAUGGAGGAGAAAGGCAGCCAGCCUGGGAGUACAGGCCGUUCCAGCGUUGCCUUCCAGUCCUCCUCCCUGCUCACCUCUGUCAGGUUGCAAUUCCUGGCUGGCUGUUUUGGUCUCGGCACAGUGGGAACUGGAGGACUAAAGGGAGAAAGCGUCCAGCUUCACCACUACCAGGAUGGUGUAAAAGCAGCUAAGAGGAGCCUCCAGGUGGAUAUCCAGACGGCUGUGCAUAAGAUAUAUCAGCAACUGUCUGUCACACUAGAGAGAGCACUGCAGGCCAAUAAGCACCACAUAGAAGCCCAACAGCGCCUCCUGCUGGUGACUGUCUUUGCUCUGAGUGUGCGCUACCAGCCAGUGGAUGUCUCCCUGGCAAUCUCAAGCGGGCUCCUCAAUGUGCUGUCUCAGCUCUGUGGCACAGAGACCAUGCUGGGCCAGCCACUGCAGCUUUUGCAGAAACCUGGGGUGUCCCAGCUCAGCACAGCCCUCAAGGUGGCCUCCACACGCCUGCUGCAGAUACUGGCCAUCAGCACCGGGACAUAUGCAGAUAAGCUAAGUCCCAAGGUGGUCCAGUCACUGCUGGACCUACUCUGCAGUCAGCUGAAGAAUCUGCUUUCUCAGGCAGGGGUCAGUCUGCUCUCUUCUGCCAAGGACCAGGAAGACAUCAAACAAGAGGAUAGUGUGGACUCUGAAAAGAAAGACUUCAGAGCUCUGCUGCGCAAACAGCACACAGCUGAACUGCACUUAGGAGACUUCCUAGUUUUCUUAAGGAGAGUCGUGUCCUCCAAGGCCAUCCAGUCCAAGAUGGCCUCCCCUAAGUGGACUGAAGUGCUGCUCAAUAUCGCUGCCCAGAAAUGUUGUUCAGGUGUCCCUCUGGUGGGGAACUUGAGAACUCGGCUUUUAGCUCUCCAUGUUCUGGAGGCUGUCCUGCCUGCCUAUGAGGCCAAUGUAGAGGAUGACCAGAUGACACAGGUGGUUGAGCGCCUGUUUGCCCUGCUGUCUGACUGUAUGUGGGAAGCUCCUAUAGCCCAAGCCAAGCACACAAUGCAGAUCAAAGAAAAAGUGCAGGAGCUCAAACUGCAGGGAGAGGCAGAGGAGGAGGAUGAGAACCUGCCCAUCCAGGAGGUAUCCUUUGACCCAGAGAAGGCUCAGUGUUGUGUGGUGGAGAACGGCCAGGGGCUGACCCAUGGCAGUGGUGGCAAAGGCUAUGGCCUGGCCUCCACCGGUAUCUCCUCUGGAUGCUACCAAUGGAAGUUUUACAUAGUGAAGGAGAACCGUGGCAAUGAGGGCACAUGUGUGGGCGUGUCACGAUGGCCCGUGCAUGACUUCAACCACCGCACCACAUCUGAUAUGUGGCUGUACCGGGCAUACAGCGGCAACCUCUAUCACAACGGGGAGCAGACACUGACUCUUAGCAGCUUCACUCAGGGAGACUUCAUCACCUGCGUCCUGGACAUGGAAGCCAGAACCAUCUCCUUUGGCAAGAAUGGCGAGGAGCCCAAGUUAGCCUUUGAGGAUGUGGAUGCUACUGAGCUCUAUCCCUGUGUGAUGUUCUACAGCAGUAACCCUGGGGAGAAGGUUAAGAUCUGUGACAUGCAGAUGCGGGGUACACCCAGAGAUCUCCUUCCCGGUGACCCAGUCUGCAGUCCUGUGGCCACUGUGCUAGCUGAGGCAACCACACAGCUCAUCCGCAUCUUGCAUCGCACCGACCACUGGACCCACCGAAUCAACAAGACCAUGAUCGAGCGACUGCACAAGAUCAAACCUUGCUUCAGAGAGUCGGCCAGUACAGCUGGCAGCAGUGGUGGUCAGAGGCUGAAAAAGAGCCGCUCUGUUCAGAGCCGAGAGGAGCAUGACGCCCAGAGAGACAGCCAUGAUACGCCUACAAGGACAGAGGAGGAGAGGGGCCGUCAUGGACGUCAGCAUGGCCUUGGGGAGCUUUCAGAGCACCAUCUGAGAACACUUUGCACAGAGGUGUGGCCAGUGCUAGCGGUGAUCGGGGGAGCAGACGCAGGCCUCCGUGUUGGAGGGCGCUGCGUACACAAGCAGACAGGGCGGCAUGCCACCCUACUGGGUGUGGUGAAGGAAGGUAGCACCUCAGCCAAGGUGCAGUGGGACGAGGCCGAGAUAACCAUCAGCUUCCCAACUUUUUGGUCGCCUAGUGACACUCCGCUGUACAACCUGGAACCGUGCGAGCCGCUGCCCUUCGACGUGGCACGCUUCCGUGGCCUCACUGCCUCGUUGCUGUUGGAUCUCACCUACCUUACCAGCAUCCAUGAGGAUACUGCCACUAAGCUCAGUGCGCGACGCCACGACAAGAAGCAUCGCAAUGCAGCCAGCACUGGGCAUGAGGUGACCUCAAAUGAGGAUAAGGCAGAUGGCGAGGGGCAUAACCGUAAUGAAACCAAAGAAAACGUCGGAGUCUCAUCUAACACAGUCCCAGUUACCACAGGCUCAGACCUGCGCGUGUCCCACAGUCUGGAUGAGGUCAAAGCACAUGUGGCACCCAACUCAAAGUCCGAAAACGAGAUUUCUUCUGUGGCCAGUGCUGGAAUGGGAGGGAGUGAGACCCUUCUCACUGCAGCUUCUCAUACUCCUGCUGAUGGGAACAGGAAGAAGGGCCAUGAGCAUGGCACCCGUAGCCAUGAGCCCUCUCCCUCUUCUGCUGCUGCCACCCAGUCAGAGAUUCAUGCUGUGCAGCUGUCCUACCUCUACCUGGGGGCAAUGAAGGCUCUCAGUGCCCUGCUUAGCUGCAGCAAGUACGCUGAGCUGCUGCUCAUACCAAAGGUUCUACCAGAGACUGUGCCCAGCGGGCACAACGCCGACCUCAAUACUGGCCCCAGUGGUAGCACAGCUGUCACCUCUCCAGUGUGCCAAGAGGAAGUGGAGAUGAGGGCAGCUCUGCAGUUUCUCAUGCGCCACAUGGUGAAACGGGCAGUGAUGCGCUCCCCUAUCAAGCGGGCCUUGGGCCUUGCAGACCUGGAGCGAGCACAGGCUAUGAUCUACAAGCUAGUCGUCAAUGGGUUAUUGGAGGAGCCCAGUGCAGGAAAAGCUAAACCCGGAGUGAGAAGUGAGCCAGAGGGUGAAGGAGAAGGGGUGGAAGGUGAGCAGCUGGCACAGACGCCGGUCACCACCAGUCCCUCUGCCUCCAGCACCACCUCCUUCAUGAGCUCCUCCCUGGAGGACACUACCACAGCUACCACACCUGUCACAGACACAGAGACUGUCCCUGCCUCCGAGUCUCCCGGGGUCAUGCCCCUCAGCCUCCUCAGGCAAAUGUUCUCCAGCUACCCAACCACCACCCUGCUUCCAACCCGUCGAGCACAGACUCCUCCAGUGUCCUCUCUGCCCACCUCUCCCUCAGAUGAGGUGGGUCGCAGACAGAGCCUCACUUCCCCGGACUCCCAGCCCACCAGGCCACAGAACAGAACUGGUACCUCCCUGUCAGAUCCCAGCAGUAGACUCUCUACGUCACCCCCUCCUCCUGCCAUCGCAGUGCCCCUGUUGGAAAUGGGCUUCUCGCUACGCCAGAUCACCAAAGCUCUGGAGGCCACUGGUGCUCGAGGAGAGGCUGACGCCCAGAACAUCACUGUCUUGGCCAUGUGGAUGAUAGAGCAUCCAGGGACAGAAGAUGAGCAUGAUGAGCCCCAUUCCGGAGGGGGUGGCGGGUCAGACCACUGUGCCGGUGCCACAGCUUCUGGUGGAGGAGGCAAAUCCAUGGACAGGAGCUCAUACUUGUGCUCUCCUGGAGACAUAGCGAGCGCAGAUGCUUCUGAAAUGGAGGAGGGCUUCAGUGAGAGUCCUGAGGGUCUCGACCAGGACAGUGCAUCAGCCUCCAGCGGUCCUCCUCCCAGAGGCCGCUCUGCUGCCGGUAGAAAACAUCGCUUUGACCUGGCUGCACGCACACUGCUAGCCCGAGCUGCUGGUCUAUACCGCUCAGUGCAGGCCCAUCAUAGUCAGUCUCGUCGUGAGGUCUCAGCCCUACAGCAGCAACAAGACCCAGGUGCCCUCUACGACUUCAACCUGGACGAAGAGCUUGAGAUGGACCUGGACGAGGAGACAAUGGAGGCCAUGUUCGGCCAGGACCUGGCCAGUGACACCGACAUUCUGGGAAUGUGGAUCCCGGAGGUACUGGACUGGCCAACAUGGCAUGUGUGUGAGACAGAGGAGCGUGACGAGGUGGUGGUGUGUGAGCUGUGUGAAGCCAGUGUGGCCAACUUCAACCAACACAUGAAGAAGAGCCACCCAGGCUGCGGCCGCAGCGCCAACCGGCAAGGCUACCGCAGUAAUGGCUCCUACGUUGACGGCUGGUUUGGAGGGGAGUGUGGUAGCGGAAACCCCUAUUACCUGCUCUGUGGCAGCUGCAGAGAGAAAUACCUGGCCAUCAAAAGCAAGGCCAAAGUCCCCAUUGUGGAGAGGUACAAAGGGCAAGCUCCUGAUCUCUUGGGAAAACAGGACAGCGUCUAUGAAGAAGACUGGGAUAUGCUGGACGUUGAUGAGGAUGAGAAGUUGACGGGGGAGGAGGAAUUUGAGCUUCUGGCCGGCCCCUUGGGGCUGAGUGAGCGCAGGGUUGUCCCUGAAGCUGUCCAGUUUCCUGACAGCGACCCGCUGGGAGCUUCUGUAGCCAUGGUGACAGCCACUAAUAGCAUGGAGGAGACUCUGCUGCAGAUAGGAUGUCAGAGCUCAGUGGAUAAGAGUUCUUCAGGCAGGGUGACCCUCGGGGAGCAGGCAGCAGCCCUGCAGAAUCCUCAUGACCGUGUCAUGGCCCUGAGGAGGGUGACAGCUGCAGCCCAGGUGCUCUUGGCCAGGACCAUGGUGAUGAGAGCCCUCUCCCUGCUCUCUGUCAGUGGCUCUAGCUGCAGCCUGGCAGCCGGUCUGGAGUCUCUAGGUUUGACUGACAUCAGGACUCUGGUCAGGCUGAUGUGUCUGGCAGCAGCAGGCCGAGCAGGCCUUUCCACCAGUCCUACAGCGGGCUCCGGCCCCACUGAGAGGCCCCGCGGAGCCGCCAAGGCUAGUAAACCCAUCUCCUGCCUGGCCUACCUCAGCACAGCUGUGGGCUGCCUGGCCUCCAACAGCCCCAAUGCUGCCAAACUGUUGGUGCAGCUCUGCACUCAGAACCUGAUCUCUGCAGCUACAGGUAUGAAUCUGACCACAGUGGACGACCCCAUCCAGAGGAAGUUCCUACCCAGCUUCCUCCGUGGCGUGGCUGAGGAAAACAAGCUGGUCACAUCUCCCAACUUUGUGGUCACGCAGGCUCUGGUGGCCCUGCUGGCAGAUAAAGGGGCUAGACUCAGGCCUGCUUAUGACAAGGCUGACAUAGAGAAACGAGGUCUAAUUGCGCAUUUGUAUGCCCAUCCUUCCCAUAAUCCCUCCGCUGUAGGCCCUCUGGAGCUGGCCAAUGCUCUGGCGGCCUGCUGCCUGUCAUCCAGGCUCUCUUCGCAGCACCGCCAGUGGGCCGCUCAGCAGCUGGUCCGCACACUGGCUGCCCACGACCGUGACAACAACCAGAGUCGGCCGCAAACCUUUGCCGACAUGGCGGGGGACCUGCGAAAGUGCACCUUCGUCAAGCUAGAGGCCCAUCAGAGCAGGGUCAUCACAUGUGGUUGGUGCAGUAAGAAAGGCCUGUUGGCCACCAGUGGGAAUGAUGGGACAGUCAGGGUGUGGAAUGUAACCAAGAGCCAGUACACCCUUCAGCAGACCUGUAUCUUCAAUAAGACUGAGGGUUCUUCAGAGGAGGGCCUGACGUGCUUAGGAUCCCCUGGUGACCCCUGCCUGUCUCCUCUGGCCUGGAGUGUCACUGGAAAAUACCUGGCCUCCUCCAUGGAGAAAAUGGUUAACAUAUGGCAAGUCAAUGGUGGCAAAGGCCUUCUGGACGUGCAGCCUCACUGGGUGUCAGCACUGGCUUGGCCUGAAGGUGAGGCCGGGUCCCUGUGGAGCGGGGAACCCAAGGACUUACUACUGGUAGGACGCAUGGAUGGAUCCUUAGGCCUCAUCGAGGUGCUGGAUGCCUCCAGUAUGCAUCGCACAGAGCUGGAACACUGUUACAGAAAAGAUGUGGCAGUGAUGCACAUUGCAUGGUACAGUGAAGACAGGCCGUUUGCUGUUGGCUACGCAGAUGGAAAGUUACUGAUAGGAUCCAAAGAGCCCUUAGAGAAAGGAGCUAUUGUGGUCAUUGAUGCACACAAGGAAUCAGUCACCAGUAUGAAGUGGAAUCCUGGCGGUCAGAUCCUGCUGACAUGUGCCAAAGAGGAGACGGUGAAGCUGUGGGCCAGUCCUGACUCAGGCUCUGGCUCUGGCUGGCGCUGCCUGCAGAGUCUCCGCCACCCUUCCCAGGUCAACGGUGUGGCCUGGUGCAGCCUGCCUGGACAUGGCUCCAAGCCCCUCAGCAUGCUAGCCACAUGCUGCCAGAAUGGUCUGGUAUCAGUCUGGACGGUUCCACAAGACACCUCCAGCUUCCCAGAAUCCAGCUCCUCUGGCUCAGAGGAAUGGUGGGAGAAUGAACCAAAGCCUAAAUUCAAGUGUUCCCGGUGGUCAGAAGAGGGAGCCUUUUGUGUUUUCCAGCUCAAGGGCCACAUCACCCCAGUGAGGACUGUGGCUUUCAGCCCUGAUGGCCUGGCCCUAGCAUCUGGAGGAGUAGGAGGUCUCAUGAACAUCUGGUCCCUGCGGGAUGGCUCUGUGCUCCAGACAGUAGUAGCUGGGACAGGGGCCAUUCAGAGUAUAGUCUGGAUCCCAGAUGUGGGUGUCUCUGUGUGCUCCAACCGGUCAAAGGAUGUGCUGGUAGUUAACUGCUCCACAGAGUUCAUGGCGUCCAACCAUGUGUUGGCCACUUGCCGCACAGCUCUGAAGAAGCAGGGUGUGGUUGGUCUCAACAUGGCACCCUGUAUGAGGGCCUUCCUGGAGAGACUGCCUGUCAUGCUGCAGGAGCAAUAUGUCUAUGAGAAGCCCCAUGUAGUAUGCGGGGAGCAGCUUGUCCAUAGCCCUUACAUGCAAUGCCUGGCGUCCCUGGCAGUAGGCCUCCACCUGGACCAACUCCUGUGCCGCCCUCCUGUGCCGCCUCACCUCCGACACUGCCCACCCGAGUCUGGCACAGCCAUCUGGAGCGCCAGUGAGUGGGCUUGGCUGGACUGCUUCUCGACUACAGUCAAGGCAGCAGAGGCCCUGGCACGGGGCGCCACCUUCCCCGACUCCUUCUCUGUGCCUGACCUGGAGCCUGUGCCCAAAGAUGAAAUGGCUCUUCUCAUGGAUAAUAGUAAAUGGGUGUCUGGUAUGGAUGAACAGAUCAUGUCCUGGGCCACAUCUAGACCUGAGGACUGGCACCUUGGAGGGAAGUGUGAUGUCUAUCUCUGGGGUGCCGGGCGGCAUGGCCAGUUGGCAGAGGCUGGCAGAAACAUCCUGGUGCCAACCACUGCCCCAUCCUUCUCUCAGGCACAACAGGUGGUGUGUGGUCAGAACUGUACCUUUGUGAUCCAGCCCAAUGGGACGGUGCUGGCCUGUGGGGAGGGCAGCUAUGGCCGCCUGGGCCAGGGCAACUCUGAUGACUUGCAUGUCCUCACCGUCAUCUCAGCUCUUCAAGGUUUUGUGGUGACCCAGUUGGUGACAUCAUGCGGUAGUGACGGCCACUCCAUGGCUCUGACGGAGAGUGGCGAGGUGUUCAGCUGGGGGGACGGGGACUAUGGCAAGCUGGGCCAUGGGAACAGUGACCGCCAGCGACGACCCAGACAGAUUGAGGCCCUGCAAGGAGAGGAGGUGGUGCAGAUGUCCUGUGGGUUCAAACAUUCAGCAGUAGUGACUGCUGAUGGGAAACUUUUCACCUUCGGUAACGGUGAUUAUGGCAGACUAGGCCUGGGAAACACCUCCAACAAGAAGCUACCAGAGAAGGUCACUGCUCUGGAGGGCUACCAGGUUGGACAGGUGGCUUGUGGUUUGAACCAUACCCUGGUUGUCUCCGCUGAUGGAAUGAUGGUUUGGGCUUUUGGAGAUGGAGACUAUGGCAAACUGGGACUUGGCAAUUCCACAGCCAAGUCCUCUCCUCAGAAAGUGGAUGUGCUUUGUGGAAUCGGCAUCAAGAAAGUGGCUUGUGGAACACAGUUCUCUGUGGCUCUAACCAAAGACGGCAACGUGUUCACUUUCGGCCAAGACCGCCUGAUAGGCUUGCCAGAGGGCCGAGCCCGGAACCACAACCGUCCCCAGCAGGUGCCGGCUCUGUCAGGAAUCCUUGUCCAGGAUAUCGCUGUGGGGGCUGAACACACCCUGGUGCUCACCUCCACAGGAGACGUCUAUACUUGGGGCAGUAACUCAGAGGGACAGCUGGGUCUGGGCCACACAAACCAUGUGAGAGAACCUACACUGGUGACAGCCCUGCAGGGCAAGAACAUCCACCAGAUCUCUGCAGGGCGCUGCCACAGCGCAGCAUGGACUGCUCCAUCUGUGCCCCCCAGAGCACCAGGUUCGUCGGUGCCUCUCCAGCUGGGCCUGCCCGUGGUGGUGCCUCCCCAGUACAGUGGUCUGAAAGAGGUGAGCAUUGAGGCAGUGAGGGCCCGUCUCCGCCUCCUCUACCACUUCUCUGACCUCAUGUACUCCUCGUGGAGACUGCUUAACCUCAGCCCCAACAACCAGAGCUGUACCUCCCACUACAAUGCUGGCACUUGGGGGAUUGUCCAGGGUCAGUUGAGGCCACUACUGGCUCCGAGGGUCUACACUCUGCCAAUGGUGCGCUCCAUAGGCAAGACCAUGGUGCAGGGCAAGAACUACGGGCCUCAGAUAACUGUCAAGAGGAUCUCCACACGGGGGCGUAAGUGUAAGCCCAUAUUUGUCCAGAUCGCCCGUCAGGUUGUAAAGCUGAAUGCCUCAGACCUACGACUGCCGUCCAGGGCCUGGAAAGUCAAGCUGGUAGGGGAGGGGGCUGAUGAUGCAGGAGGGGUCUUUGAUGAUACCAUCACAGAAAUGUGUCAGGAGUUGGAGACAGGAGUGGUUGACCUGCUCAUCCCCUCCCCCAACGCGACAGCAGAGGUGGGCUACAACAGGGACAGAUUCCUCCUCAAUCCAUCCGCGUGCCUGGAUGAGCACCUGCUCCAGUUUAAGUUUCUGGGCAUCCUGAUGGGUGUGGCCAUCCGUACCAAGAAGCCCCUGGACCUGCACCUCGCCCCCCUGGUGUGGAAACAGCUUUGCUGCAUCCCACUGUCACUGGAGGAUCUGGAAGAAGUGGAUCUCCUCUACGUCCAGACACUCAACAGCAUUCUUCACAUUGAAGACAGCGGCAUCACUGAGGAAAAUUUCCAUGAGAUGAUUCCUCUGGAUUCCUUUGUUGGACAGAGUGCAGACGGCAAGAUGGUACCCAUCAUCCCAGGAGGAAACAGUAUCCCCCUCACUUUUUCCAACAGGAAGGAGUAUGUGGACAGAGCUAUUGAGUACAGGCUUCACGAAAUCGAUCGACAAGUGGCAGCGGUGCGUGAAGGCAUGUCGUGGAUCGUGCCUGUGCCCCUGCUCUCCCUGCUGACGGCCAAGCAGCUGGAGCAGAUGGUGUGCGGCAUGCCGGAGAUCUGCUGCGACGUGCUGAAGAAGGUGGUGCGCUAUCGCGAGGUGGACGAGCAGCACUCCCUGGUGCAGUGGUUCUGGCAGACUCUGGACGAGUUCUCCAACGAGGAGCGCGUCCUCUUCAUGCGCUUCGUCUCGGGCCGCUCGCGGCUGCCCGCCAACACAGCCGACAUUUCUCAGAGGUUUCAGAUCAUGAAGGUGGACAGGCCGUAUGACAGCCUUCCCACUUCCCAGACAUGUUUCUUCCAGCUGCGUCUGCCUCCCUACUCCAGCCAGGCCGUCAUGGCUGAGCGGCUGCGCUACGCCAUCAACAACUGCCGCUCCAUCGACAUGGACAACUACAUGCUCUCCCGCAACGUGGACAACGCGGAAGGCUCCGACACGGACUACUGACACACCUCGACCCAGGAAUGACUGGGCACGGACACGGACACAGUCACGGACGGUCUUACCAGAACACCACACAAACACACACAGUGAGCACACUCAGCAAAAACCCGGAGAUGCAUUGUCAUCACUUCACCAAUUGUAGGAACUCCUGAGCAGACAGGCCACUUUUUAAAUCCAUUCUGUGUAUUCUCAACACAUCACAGAUUCAGUGUUUUCAUUUCACCUCGUGGUUUAUUAGCAGUUUUUAAGACACAACAAUUGACACGAGAGGUGCAUUUAGUGUUAUUGAUUUUUUUCCCCAUUGCUCCACAUCCCAUUUUCAGGGUUUUUGCAUGGAGGUAUGUUUAUUUUGUUUGGAAAUGUGUAUAGAAUAUUCAAGCCAGUGGUUGGGAGGGAAAAAAAAGAAUAUUGUACAUUGUGUAAAAUGCUUCAUUAGGAAAAUGUUUUACAUAAUAUCCAUAUUUAUUUUGUUUUAAUUUCUAAAUUGCCUAUGCCGAGUUUCCUAAAGCAUACAAAACACAAUAAAUGCUUUAAAAAUGA